AAUGCCUUAGACCCGUUGAGAUUAACUUAACUCGAGUUCAGAAUGUCACUUUUUUUACAGUAGAGUUGAGCUAAACGAACCCAAUGAUGUCCUAUAAAACCGUUCCACCAAAUGAGCAAUCAAAAAACACAAAAAAGAAAAAAACAAAAACAAAAAUCAUGUCUUCCCUGUCUUUAUCCAUUCUUCCCUUAUUGUUCUUGUUCAUGUUCUUCUCCAAUCUUCCCAUCACUCAAUCUUCCAACAACAAAUCCUCCCUCACCUACAAAACUUGCAAAACCAUCUCUGAUCAAAACCCCAACAUCUCCUUCAACUUCUGCCUAACAUCUCUCGGUCACGGCGCCACCAGUCUCCGCUGCCUCGGCCUCCUCUCCAUCCGCUUGACUCGACACAACGUGAGCACCACACGCCACCUUAUCAAGAAGUUACGAAAAAACAAAGGCCUCGACGACCCAUUGAUUAAAUUAUGUUUGGCAGAUUGUUUGGAGCUUUAUUCUGAUGCGACCCUAAUGAUGAAACAAGCACGUAAGGAUUACAAGGCCGAACGAUACUUCGAAGCAAACUUGAUGAUCAGCUCGGUUAUGAAUGGUUGUUCAACUUGUGAAGAUGGAUUCAAGGAGAAAAUGGUAAUUUCACCAUUGACUAACAUGAAUCAUAAUGUCUUUGAAAUGUCCGCUAUUGCACUAUCCAUUAUUAAUAUGCUGGCUUGAGUCUACAUCGUCGUGUCAUUUUAAAAUAUAGUAUCGUAAAAUUUGAGUCUAUAACGUUUUAAAGGUAACAAUGUGGACAAAACCCAACAAAUCGUCCCGUUAUCCAUCCGUUCAUGUCUAAAGUUACAAAUUUUUUCGAAUUAAAUGAAUCGAAAUUAUUAUAAAAGCUAAAUUUUUAUUAAGAAAAAUAAAAAUCAUUGUCGGUACCAUGAACAAUUCUUGUCUUCGGAAAAAGACAGGAUUGUGAGCUGUAGUUGUUUUGUACAUUUUUUGUUCUUCAUUUGCAUUGAAUUCAAGAAAUUGACUUCCAAACUACUAAA